UUGUCGUUCGUUGAAGAAGGAGGGAGUGGAGAGAGGCGAAAGGGAGUGGAGUGCGCGGUUAUCCGGGCGGCCAUUGCGAGUGUCUCGUACAAAGCUGCAGGCGUGAUUUCGCGUAUCAUACGGCGCGCGCCCGUGAAGUCCAGGAGAAUCCAUUCCCGUAAUUUAAGUGUUCUGUGUCAAGUCCGGGACGCGCAAGAGACCCCGGCCCGAUGGCUGAAACCGACAAGUUGAACAUUGACAACAUUAUAGCUCGGCUCUUAGAAGUACGAGGAGCGAGGCCUGGCAAAAAUGUUCAAUUGACAGAAGUGGAGAUUAGAGGAUUAUGUUUGAAAUCACGUGAGAUCUUUCUAUCGCAACCUAUUCUUUUGGAACUUGAAGCACCUCUAAAAAUAUGUGGCGAUAUUCACGGGCAAUACUAUGACUUACUACGAUUAUUCGAAUAUGGUGGUUUUCCUCCCGAGAGUAAUUAUCUUUUCUUAGGAGAUUAUGUCGAUAGAGGGAAACAGUCAUUAGAGACUAUCUGUCUUCUUCUUGCCUACAAGAUCAAAUAUCCAGAAAAUUUUUUCUUAUUAAGAGGAAAUCAUGAAUGCGCAUCCAUCAAUAGGAUAUAUGGAUUUUAUGAUGAAUGUAAACGUCGUUACAAUAUUAAAUUGUGGAAGACAUUUACCGAUUGCUUCAAUUGUUUGCCUGUCGCCGCAAUCGUGGAUGAAAAGAUAUUUUGCUGCCAUGGAGGCUUGAGUCCGGAUUUGCAGAGUAUGGAGCAGAUUAGACGUAUCAUGCGACCGACGGAUGUACCUGAUCAGGGAUUACUCUGUGAUUUAUUGUGGUCUGAUCCUGAUAAGGACACGAUGGGCUGGGGCGAAAAUGAUCGCGGUGUAUCGUUUACAUUCGGCGCAGAAGUUGUUGCUAAGUUUUUACACAAACAUGACUUCGAUCUUAUAUGCCGUGCGCAUCAGGUGGUAGAAGAUGGCUAUGAAUUUUUCGCCAAACGACAAUUGGUGACGUUAUUCUCGGCUCCGAACUACUGCGGUGAAUUUGACAAUGCGGGUGCCAUGAUGUCGGUGGACGAGACUCUCAUGUGCAGUUUUCAAAUUUUAAAGCCGGCCGAUAAGAGGAAAUUCACUUACGGCGGCUUGAACGCGGGGCGGCCGGUGACGCCACCGCGAGGCGCAAAUAACAAGAACAAGAAGAAGUGAAAUCCUUAGACUUGUCUUUUCGAAUACGACGUUUAGGAUCUUAUAACUGCUACCCUCGACCCACCACAUAUUAAGACAUUAAGUUCUUGUAAGAAAAAGAGCGAGCGAAAGAGAGAGAGAAAGAGAGAGAGAGAGAGAGAGAGUAUAAUAAUUAUAAUUAUUUUUUUCAAUUGACUAUGAAGUUUGGGAAGAUAGUUACAGAGAAUUGGGAAUACAUCUACCAGAAAAAUCCGGAGGGGCGUUGCUUUUCACAGAGUUUGUUAAAAAGUAGUAAGUAAUAGUGUAUGUUUGUAGCUAAAUGUGUUACUGUAUAAAACAAAAAAAUAGUAAUGAUAAAAAUCAAUCUGUCAACGAUUAGAAGGGAUUGCGCGCCGCAACAUAUUCUUAACGAUUACGAAAGGCAAAGUGUCGUGUUCAUCCGUCAUAAUAUCAAUGUCCUUUAGUUUAUCAUUCACUUAGUGUUAUCGGUAAUGAUUUACCAAGAAGAUGGGAUCUCUUUCGAUUACUUCGCACUAUAACGAAAAUCGACCUGACGAUUGGAGCAACACGUUACAUAUACUGCUCUCGCUUCAUUUUAUCAAGCCGUUAAUGAAGAUAUCAAUAUACGAAUAAUGAACUAGCAAUCACCUAGACUUAAUUUCCUAAAGUAUAAUAGGUAUUUGUAGCUUAAUACUUCUGUAAGUUGCACAAAUUUAUAAACGACAUUUAUUACAUCCAUAUAUACUUUUAUAAACAUACAUUUAUAUAAAUUGUGAAAUACAAAGAGAAAGAGAGAGAAAGAAAGAAAGAAAGAAAGAAAGAAAGAUAGAUAGAAAGAAAGAUAGAAAGAUAUUUCUAACAACAAAUAUUGAAGCGUUUAACGAACUACUGAUACGCAUAUUUAUUUUUUUUUUGUAACGAACGGGAUUGAAUGGCGGGGAAAAUCGCGUUUAUUACGAUAGCAAAGCUUCUCUGGAUUAAUUUCCACAACACCGUGUAGUUCGUAAACGUCGAAGAGUGUCAAAUGUGUGAUUACCGGAUGCACAUAAGCGCGCGUCGUACAGCAGUUAAAUGUUGUCACCAUAAUAGGCGUCUAAUUCUCAAACGAUAUUAGAAAGAAAAGUGUGUCUUCUUACAAUCGGGGGGGAUUUUUCCCCCGAUCAGAACAGUCCUACCACUAGGAUGUAUCAUUACUAUUGUUAAUCUUAUCACCGUCCUUUUUUUUGCUUCUUGCUCAUUUUAUUUAGUUCUUUCAUCUCUCAUCCUCAACAUUAGCCAGAGUACAUUGCACAGAGCACAGAUCCAUCCUCGAUAAUACUAGGGAAAAAAAACCGAUAUUUACGAAAAAGUCACGACGUGAGGAUCCUUUGAAGAAUUGAGACCGAUCAUGUGUAGCGUCCUUCUCAUACUUGUAUAUUAAUUUCUUUUUAUAAAUAAAAUUCACAUAAAAACAUC